UGUUGCACUACUGGGUUUGUGUUGCUCUGCCUGAAAUGACCAUCAAAAAGUUUUACAUUGAAUAUGAUGCCAUCAACAGCAGGAAUACUUUUACAAACGGAGAUACCAUUAACGGAAGGAUCAUCCUGGAAACGACCAAAACAGCAAAAGUCCAGUCGAUUGGUUUUCAAGCAAAAGGGAAAGCUCGAGUUCGCUGGUCUGAAUAUCAUGGACAACACGACCAUCGGGUUUACUGGGCUAAAGAGAAAUAUUAUAGUAUCAAACAUGACAUCUUGAGAGAAGCAAGACAAAUUGGCAGUGAAAUCGUUGGAAAAGGAAGGCAUGUGUUUCCUUUUAGCUUCAAAAUACCCAACAGACAGAUGCCAUCGACUUUUCACUCAUCUAUUGGCAGAGUUGUUCAUAAAAUGAAGGCGGAGCUUAAACAGUCAAUGAAGCUGACAAAAAAGUCUGAAUGUCCCUUUAUUUUUGUAUCAAAAACGGACAUGAACAUGCCAGGACUUAUGGUUCCUCAACAUGGAUCAAAAGAUAAAAGCCUUGCUUUUGGUUCUGGAAAUAUUUCACUUGAUGCCAGUAUUAAGAAGACGGGUUACAUACCUGGCGAACCCAUCAACGUCUCAAUUGAGAUCAACAAUCGUUCAAGUCGUUCAGUGAAACCCAAAUUUGAGCUGUAUGAGAAGAGGAGCUUCUUCGCCCAGGGUCGGAGGAAACUUGAGACAAAUAAGCUCUUGAAGGGAAAAGAUAAUGACGUGGAUUCAUUUUCUGGAAAAAAGACUGUGACAAUGACGAUCCCCGUCCCAGCACUGCUUCCGUCCAUGUUGAACUGCUCCAUCAUUAAGGUGGAGUACAGGCUGAAGAUAUACCUAGAAGUCAAAUGUGCAGCAAACCCACAAGUGAAAUUUCCUAUUGUCAUCCUACAAGACAAGAGAGCUGAAAGACAGCUACCGCCUUUAGAUACUUUUGGAUCUGAAGCUUUUGGAAACACAAACCAUCCAACUUGGAGCACCACGCCACAAGCCAUGGAUCCCCCUCCUUCAUAUGAAGAAUCGGCAAUGCACCCCCCCAUUCCACCUGCAGAAUUUAAGACGGCAUUGUGAAUUUCUGUUUCAGGCGGGAAAGUCAGAAUUUCCACAUCCAUCCCUACAACCUGCUGUAUGCGUCUUCUUUCUUACCUCAACAUAAUCUGUGCUGUGAUGAGAAGUUGUUGCGUGUUUCACCCAGAAAACAACCGGACCAUCAACAGUGUGGAGUUUGAAAAGUUUUACC